AUGCAACUCACGCUCGCCGUGCACGGGCUCACGUUCACGGUGGCCUGCGGCGAAGGCCAUCAGUGCAUCAAGUGGCUCGGCCUCGUGGCUGCCCAGCGCUACGCACUCAUGCUGCCGCACGGCCGCUGCCGCACCCGCGAAGACGCGCACGCCAAGCAAGGCUUUUACCUCCCGCGCGAGGUCAAAAAUUCGGAUGGCGUGGUACUGAGCCCAUGGUCGCGUAUCUCGGACUGUUGCCGUGAGAACGAAAUCAUCACUGUGGUCCUCCAGCACGAAGUCCCCGUCGAUGAGAUCGGCGUCCCGCUCAUGACCGAGUGGGCUACCUCGGCGUUCUCCAAUGCGAGCAACCAAGAGUCGGAGAAGGCGCCAAACGACGACGACAACAUCGACGGAGGGGCUGCGAAACGACCGUCCCCACGCGACGCGCCAGACGCCAUCAAUGGCUACGCCACCGCGCACCAGGCCGCACACGUUCGGUCGGGGCAGUUUAUCUCGCAAGAGGAAAUCGAGGCUGCGUUCUACCACGACCUGCCACAUCUGCAACUCGACGAGUUUGUCAAGGAAGCAAAAGACCGCGACGAUGUCGAAGAGACGCUGCUCAAGUACUACGACGCGGUCAAUAUCAUUUACAAGCACUACAGCAUCGGGUUUGGCGACGACCUGUACAGCAUGAGCCUGCUUGAAUUUGUGCAUUUUGUGCACGAGUCGACCAUGCUCCACUUCCAGAAGGACCACAACGUCAUCGACAAGAUCUUUCAAACCGUCGUGACGAGCCUUGGGCUGGACGCACCCUCGUUGCCCCGCGUCGGGUUCAUCCAAGCACUGCUGCGCGUCAUCCUUGCCUACAACAAGAUGUAUGGUGACGACACACCGUUCGUCCCGGCCCUUGAAAAGAGUCUGCGGGACCAUGUCAAGCCGGCCGUCCUGCGCUUGACAACAGGCCCGUUUCGGGAUACCGUGCAUGCCGAUAGCAUCCUCGCGCUCUUUCAAGACGCGCGACCCAAACUACUCAAAGUCUACGACAAGUACGCGACGGCCACUAGCGACAAGGUUCCCGGCACGCAUCUGAACGCCAACGACCUGCGGUCGCUGGUCCAAGACAGCGGUAUUUUCUGCACGGGCGACAGUGACGAGCACGAAGCUCUAUUCAACACGGCGCUGCUGCAAUGCUUUAGCGGCAUGAAGGACUGCAACAACGCCGAUAACCAGUGGCUCGUCCUCGUGGAAGUGCUUGAAAUCGUGAGCCGCCUCUCGCUCGGCAUUUGGCAAGACAAGGACGUCUCGGAGAAGGAGACGAUCCGCAUCGGUCUCGACGCCGUCCGCGCGCUUGCGAAAUCAAAGUGACGACAUCUGGCGUACGCGCUUUCAUUUGAAACUCGAUUUGAGAACGUAAAACAAGAGCUAUCGACGAAGUUGUCGGCUGGAUCGC